AUGGCUCUGCCACUCAGCACGAGAGCAGAGUGCUGGGUAUGGUACAGCCUGGCGAUUGGCGCGGUCGUAAUGAGAUAUCAGUCACAGUACCUCGUCCGCAAGCGCAGGUUCUUCGACAAGAUGACUGUAGACGACAUAUUGAUGGCUAUAAUAGUGCUGAUAUACACGAUUUCGAUCUCCGCUCUGUAUAUGUACUUUGACAUCGUUGCGACGACCGACUUUGAUGCCCUCACUCCGGAUGAGUAUGCCGCAGUUGGUCGAAAGAUGGGCAUACUGAACAUGCUAUCCGAAACAUCGAUGCAAACAACACUUUGGGGUAAUAAGUGUUGUUUACUGCUAUUAUACAAUCGCUUGACUCUCUUUGGUCAUUAUCGAAAGACUUGGGUCAGCGUUGCAGCUUACACCGGGCUCGCAUACGUUGCAGUCAUCGUUUCACUGUACGGAGGUUGGUGCAGGCCAUUUUCCGAGUACAUGGAGCUUCAGCCAGAGAAUUCGGAAUGCUUGACAUGGAAGAACUACAACAUAUUGCAAAUUAUUAUGAACCUUUCGACGGACCUGGUGCUUCUUCUCAUCCCGGUUACAUUAAUUAGCCGGUUGAAGAUGAAGAUCGGAAAAAAACUCCUUCUCAUCUGUCUUUUUAGUAUGGGCGUAUUCGUUAUGCUCUGCGCAAUCCUUACCAAGGUUGCCGUCUUCACAUACUCAACCGACUUCGUCUGGUUUAUGUGGUGCGUGCGCGAGACGAGUACCGCAAUGCUAGUCGGCAACCUCGUCCUCGGAAUGCCCACCCUCCGUGCCGCGUGGCGGUGCGUCUUCCCGCAGAGCAGGAGCACGCCUUUGCGAGAUGGAGAAUCUUCUGCGGGUACGGGGGAGACCUACGCGACGUAUAACACUGUGAAAAGGGUUUCCCGUGUCGGCUCGGACGCCUGGUCGGCUGCGGAGCAGGAGCAGCACGGGGGCGGUCCGUCUCAGUGGAACUCGCCUCCCCCGGCCAGGGUCGCGAUCAGUAGCGUUUACACGGAUUUCGAGCUUUACGGGAAGGCUGGAGCUAAGGGGGAGAGUAGGAUAGUAUCGAUGGGGCCGGAGAACGUGUAA